CCGCUUCGCCUCCUCUCAGACCACUCCACCACCCGGUCAAACCCCUCUCUCAUCUCUACCUUCCUCGGAUUAAGAUAUCCUUGGCCCGAUGGACGAGCCGAAUCCAAAGAGGUGGAGGUGGAGACCGGCGCUACGGAGGAAGUCACAGAAGGAGGCAGCGAGCUCGGGGUUAAUGGAUUUCCUCUGGAGACCAAAGAGGACGGUUUAGAUUCGCCGCCAAAGGUUUCUAGCAGGAAAAAGAAGAAGAGGCCCGAGGAAAGUGACAGCCGAUACGAUAGGUACAAGCUGCGCAAUGGCAGGGAGGUCUUUGAAGAAAAAGCAUACCUUGUUGGAGUUGAAUGUAAAGGUAGUAAAGGGGAUACCUUUGGUAUUGAAGAAUCACUUGAGGAGCUUGCACAAUUAGCUGAUACUGCUGGACUUCUAGUUGUUGGUUCUACUUACCAAAAGCUUGCUUCUCCAAACCUAAGGACUUAUAUUGGUUCUGGCAAGGUUGCUGAAAUCAAGAGUGCAGUUCAUGCUCUCAAUGUCGAGACUGUAAUUUUUGAUGAUGAGUUGUCUGCCGGACAACUGCGUAACUUGGAGAAGGUAUUUGGUGGGGAUGUACGGGUAUGUGAUCGAACUGCUCUCAUCCUGGACAUUUUCAAUCAAAGGGCUGCAACACAUGAAGCUGCUUUACAGGUUUCUUUGGCACAAAUGGAAUAUCAACUUCUGAGGCUAACAAAAAUAUGGGCUCACCUUGAACGUCAGGCGGGAGGCAAGGUUAAGGGAAUGGGUGAGAAACAAAUUGAAGUGGACAAGCGUAUAUUACGCACUCAAAUUGGUGAGUUGAGAAAAGAGUUAGAAUCUGUCCGGAAGCAUCGGAAGCAAUAUCGAUAUCGUCGCUUAUCUGUGCCAGUUCCUGUCGUGUCUUUGGUUGGAUACACAAAUGCUGGAAAGAGUACACUUUUGAAUCACUUGACUGGAGCUGAAGUUCUUGCAGAGGAUCAGUUAUUUGCAACCUUAGAUCCAACUACAAGAAGGGUCCAGAUGAAAAAUGGGAAUGAAUUCCUUCUGACUGAUACCGUAGGAUUUAUUCAAAAGCUACCCACUAUGCUGGUUGCCGCAUUCAGAGCAACAUUAGAGGAAAUAUCUGAGUCAUCGCUUCUAGUUCAUGUUGUGGAUAUCAGCCAUCCAUUAGCUCAGCAACAGAUGGAUGCUGUCGAUAAGGUUCUACAAGAAUUAUAUGUGGCGUCAAUUCCAAAGUUGGUUGUGUGGAAUAAGGUUGACAAGACUGAUGAUCCACAAAGAGUAAAAACUCAAGCUGAAAAACAAGGUGUAAUUUGCAUAUCAGCAAUAAAUGGUGAUGGUCUAGAGCAAUUCUGCAAUGCAAUUCAAACAAAACUUAAGGAUUCAUUGGUACCAGUUGAAGCUUUUGUUCCAUAUGACAAAGGGAUGCUCCUAAAUACCAUACAUCAAGUUGGAAUGGUGGAGGAAACAUAUUUUAGCACAAUCUCCCUGUUUGUAGUUGAUCCUUGCAAGAAGUGAUAUUUGAUUGCAAUAUGCUCCAUCCUGUUGUGAAACACAUGAAUUUUUGCCAUUGUGAUUGCUGAUUGUUGCUGCCGAAUAUCUCAGUAAACUCUUUCUAUAGCUCUCCGAUGUCUGCAAGUAUUCUUCUAAGCCACAUUGCUUGAAAAGUCGAGCUUACUGUUGCAACAUAUUCUGCUUCAGCUGAUGACUAUGCCACUGUGUCAUGUUUCUUCGAUGCCCAUGAGAAAAUUUCAGAUCCUAGCGCAAGCAUAGAGACUGAAGUGCUUUUUUUGUCGUUCAUUGAUCCAGCCAAAUCACUGUCAGUUGGGUUUGUAGCAUAUGCCGAACUCUUUCAUGCCGUGAAUGUAUUGAGUAUUCUCUUUGCUACUCUGUAGUGAAUCUGGCUUUGGUUCUGCAUGAACCUUGAUAGUUAGCUUGUUCAUCUGCUUCUCAUUGCAGAGCGCGCAGAUAAAUCCUUGAGAAGCCUCAUAGCCAAUCUUAAAACAUAGGCAGGAAGAGUGUUUCUUUAGGAAAAUAUGAGCAUUAUGCUUCUUCCAAAUGCUCAAGUGACAGUUGAACUAAGUGAUGCCAAGCUGGUUGAAGAAACCUUUUAACUCCAUGAUUUUUUCAUUUAGUCCAAAGAAAAGCGAGGCUAGCAGGUUGACCGCAGAAACGCAGAGGAUCUAAUGCAGCACCAACUCUUGGAGAAGGGACAAUAUAGAAGAAAAUAAAGCAGAUGUUUCUGAAGUGUUACUAUACAGCACACAACCAUUAGUAAAAGACCAUCCCUGAUUCAUCAAAUUCUCCUAUGUAUUUAAUCUGUUUUUUGCCCCCAAACUGCAAAAAA